UGCUGGGUCUGAAGCCGGUGUUUUUAACGGAAACAACAAGCAGGAUUCACCAAAGAGYAUCCUUGAACACAUACAGAGUUAUGAGAUUACUGAUCCCAUCUGGCUGCAUCCACUCAGGCACAAAAGAUCUGCUAAUAAAGAGCAUCCUGCAGAGGUCCAGGUCCUAAUUUCUGCUGAGGGUCAGGAGCUUCAGCUACAUCURGAAAAAAAUGAGCAGCUGCUGGCCCCAGGAUAUCAGGAAAUAUGGUACAGCCCCGAUGGAACCCGUCAGUCCUCGACUCCAGCCAACACUGAUCAUUGUUACUACCACGGGGAGGUUCUGGGCGUGGAGGGUUCGAGUGUGGUGGUCAGCACUUGUUCAGGUCUCAGUUUGAGUGGCAUGAGCGGAGUUUUGACAAGACCAGAGUGAAGUUGCUGGAAGCGGCCAACUUGGUUGACAAGUACUACAGGGCUCUGAGCAUCCGCGUGGCUGUGAUCGGCCUGGAGGUGUGGACCGACCAGGACAAGAUCAACAUGUCUGAGAACGCUCGGAGCGUGCUGGAUGCGUUUCUGUCCUGGAGACAGAAAAUGCUCAAAACUCUGCCUAACGACAACGCUCAGCUUAUCACAAGGAGGUCAUUCCAGGGCACAACCAUUGGGCUGGCAACUCUCAGAACCAUGUGCUCUGAUUACCAGUCAGGUGGAGUGAACCAGGACCACUCACCUGUGUCUCCGGUUGGUGUUGCUGCCACCAUGGCUCACGAGAUGGGCCACAACUUCGGUAUGAGUCACGACAGCACGGGCUGCUGCCAGGCGAAACCAGAGGAUGGAGGCUGCAUCAUGGCUGCAGCUACUGGGUCUCCGUUUCCCCGCGUGUUCAGCAGCUGUAACGUGCAGGAGCUGAAGAGCUUUCUGAGCUCUGGAGGAGGGAAGUGUCUCUUCAACUUACCAAAUACUCAUUUAAUGUACGGAGGGCGGCGCUGCGGAAACGGCUACCUGGAGGAAGGGGAAGAGUGUGACUGCGGAGAGGAAGAGGAGUGCACCAGUCCCUGCUGUAAUGCAAAAAACUGCACCCUGAAAGCUGGAGCAGAGUGUGCCCAUGGAGUGUGUUGCCAGAACUGCAAGCUGAAGAGCCCUGGAGAACUUUGCCGUGCUCCCUCUGGGCCCUGUGAUCUGCCAGAAUACUGUGAUGGAAAAACUGAGAUCUGCCCGGCCAAUUUUUACCUGAUGGACGGUACUUCUUGUGCCGACGGGAAGGCCUACUGCUACACUGGCAUGUGUUUGACCCUGGAGCUGCAGUGUCAGACACUCUGGGGACACGAUGCUCGUCCAGCCCCUGACCUGUGUUUUAGGGAGGUAAAUAAAGCCGGGGACAUGUACGGGAACUGCGGCAAAGAUCAGCAGGGGAAAUACAGGAGUUGCAAAGACCGAGACACUAAGUGUGGCAAAAUCCAGUGUUCAGCUUCAGUCUCCAAGCCCAUCGAGGACAACGCCGUCCGAAUAGAAACCACCGUGUCGGGGGACAAGAAGAAGUUUGUGUGUUUGGGCACGCAUGUGUACAAUCUCCAGCCAGAGGACGAGGAGCAGCCGGGGGACACCCUGGACCCGGGCCUGGUCUUGACGGGCACCAAGUGUGACAGCGACUCUAUUUGCUUCAACGGAGAGUGUCGCAAUGCGUCAUUCCUCAGAGCCGGCGAGUGCAACGUCAAGUGCCACGGACAUGGACUGUGCAACAACAACCAUAACUGCCACUGUGAUCGGGGCUGGGCACCACCUUGGUGUAACCAGAGUGGGUCUGGGGGGAGUGUGGAAAGUGGACCUGUCCCCCCACCAAGAUAUUUCACUCUAGUGCUGCUGCUUCUUCUGGCUCUCUUUGUCGUCUUGGUUGGUUUUGGACUUCGGUGGCGCUACACUUGUCAAAACAUCCUGCUGAAAUCUCCAUCAGCAGAGCCCAAGUUUUCAGUAACAGUGGAGGACAAGCCUUUAAGUACAGAUGGUCAUAUCAUCGGCCGCGCCAACCCAACAUUCAUAUUAAAGGAUCAGAACUCGGCCUCUCCUCGACCCAGACCUGCUAUUGUUCGCCCAGCGGUGAAACCACCUCCCAUACCCGCCUACGCCACAGAGCAGAGAGCACAGAAGCCACAGGUCCCGCCUGUUACCUCUCCUCCUCAGGGACAAGUGUCUCCUCAGGGCUGCACCCAGCCUUUCCUUAGGUCUCCCGAGUCCAAAGGACUGAGACCAGUUCAGGUUUCUUCACCACUUCCAGGACCCUCAUCUUUACCCUUCAAGGACCUUAGAGGGCACUUUCAGCCGUUGGCAAUAAACAAAGACAGACCUAACCCACCAAAGAGACCCCCGCCACCUUGUCCCGUCAAUAAACAAUCAGUG